AACGGCUCACCCUUCACACACGCACACUCUCUCUCUCUCUCUCUCUCUCUCUCUCUCAACUCUUCCAUUCAUCACCAACCCUAAUCCCCUGCCCCAUUGGAUCUUGCUAUUCAUUGCUCAUCUCUCUCUCGCGGCCGCCAUUGGAGGAGCUACUAGGGGGGAUUGAGGGCGGAUGCGAUCGGUGGUGAGAUCUGGGGAGAAUUCAGAAGAGGUGUUCGUUCUAGGGUUUGAGAUCUGAGGAAUAUUGGUGACGAUCGGUACUGAGAUCACUGUCAUUCCGGUUGAAGGAGCUCGUCGGAGGAGGGAAAGAAUCGGGAACUGGGACCAUCGAAGGAGCUUGGAGGAGGAAGGGAAGCAUCAGCAUGAACUUGCGGAUUAGAGGUGGUACGAUCGGAGUACGAGUGAUGUCUAUAUAAUUAAAUCAGGAGAUACAAGUAGGAGUUCAAAGAAAGAGACACCCAUACUGUGCGAUGGAGGAUUGUCAGAAGAAGAGCAUCAAUCCUAUGACCAGCCUGGAAGGACGCUGGUCACUGAAUGGAGCUACAGCUUUGGUGACUGGAGGUACCAAAGGAAUUGGGCAUGCCAUAGUAGAAGAACUAGCAAAAUUUGGAGCCUUUGUUUAUACAUGUUCUCGCAAUGAAGCUGAGCUUGCUGAAUGCCUGAAACAAUGGGAAGAUAAGAAAUUUAAGGUCACUGGAUCAGUUUGUGAUGUUUCUUCUAGAGCUGAACGGGAGAAACUAAUGGAGAACGUCUUUACUGUUUUCCAAGGAAAGCUUGAUAUACUUAUACACAAUGUAGGGACUGCUGUUUGGAAACCCACAGUGGAGUGUACUGCUGAAGAUUAUUCAUUGAUGAUGACUACAAAUUUUGAAUCUGCACUCCAUUUAAGCCAACUAGCUCAUCCUAUGUUGAAAACUUCAGUAUCAGGAAGCAUAGUGUUCAUUUCCACCAUUGGCACUCAUCUGGUUUAUGAAGGAUUAGCAAUUUAUUCGGCAAGUAAAGGAGCAAUGAAUCAACUGACCAAGCAUUUAGCAUGCGAGUGGGCGAAAGACAAUAUCAGAGUCAACUGCGUUGGACCUUCAGCCAUUAAAACGCCUCUAACCGAAAAAAAACUUGGCCUUGGAAAUGCAUUCAUGAUGAAUGAAACAUCUCGGACUCCUCUUGGGCGUCUAGGCGAACCACAGGACGUGGCAUCUGUUGUGGCUUUCCUUUGCCUUCCUGCAGCUUCAUAUGUUACCGGCCAAAUCAUCAACGUAGAUGGAGGACGAACACAAACUAGUUAGAAUAUUGGACAUCAACUUUGGUAUUGAACAACAUUAGACCUUUGUAUAUUCAGAACGUGAAGAAAACAACCACCUAUUAUUUCUAUUCUCUGAAAUAACAAAUCAUCUUCCUUGUUUUUUUUUUUUUGGGCUAGGUGCUGUAUUUGGUAAUAAGGAAUAUUCUUCUUCUGUACAUGUUGCUUCUCUUAUGUUGUACUCCUUCUGUGUUGUUUCUCUUAUCCCUUAUGCUGUACUCGUACUUCUCAAAUCA